AUGUCGCAGUAUCUCCAACAGUCAAGAAGCGUCUCUGUCUCUGAAGAUCUGGGUUGCAGACGCGGAGAGUUUAGCAGAAAGCAUUAUGGAUCUGUGGAGCUUCUUAUAUCUAGUGAUGCUGAUGGAGCUAUUCAAAGAGCUGGACGGUUCCGUGUGGAAAACGGCUCCUCUGGUGAGAAUACAGACUACACUCCGGGUACGUGGCACAGAACAGAUGUGCAUUUAGAAAACCCAGAGUAUCAUACAAGAUGGUAUUUCAAGUAUUUUUUAGGGAAAGUUCAUCAGAAUUAUAUAGGUACAGAUGCAGAGAAGAACCCUUUCUUUCUGUCUGUUGUACUGUCUGACCAAAAUAAUCAGCGUGUUCCUCAGUACCAUUCAAUACUUUGGAGAAAAACAGGUACUCAGAAAAUAUGUCUCCCUUAUAGUCCCACAAAGACAUUAUCAGUGAAAUCUAUAUUAAGUGCUAUGAGUCUUGACAAAUUUGAGAAGAGCCCAAGGGAAAUUUUUCAACCUGAGAUACAAAAGGAUUUAUUGGUUCUUGAAGAGCAAGAGGGAUCUGUGAAUUUUAAAUUUGGAGUCCUUUAUGCUAAGGAUGGGCAGCUUACAGAUGAUGAAAUGUUCAGCAAUGAUGAUACAACAGGAACCUGUUCCAUCUAUACAGUUUUUCAAGGGCAUGAAAUUAUGUUCCAUGUUUCAACCAUGCUACCAUAUUCUAGAGAUAACAAGCAGCAG